ACUCUGGCAAGCUGCAGUGAAAGUUGUGCAAUAAUCCUUCAAUUGGGGCUGUGUAAAGCUGAUGGUAGGUACGUUUCAAGGAGCCUGAAAGGCGGAAAAUGUCUCCCGUCGAUUGCUGCCUGCUGUUGUAAUCAUCCGUCGUGUUUGGCAACGAUUAGGAAUUUGCUACGCUGGAAUUUUCUACUUUGAGGAAGCAUCUGCCUUGAAGAAAGGAUGGAUGACAAUCUGUGGUUGAUUGAACUGGAGUCGGCACUGCUGGAUGAUUGCACUGUGGAUGACGUUUAUGCGAUAUGUGAAGGGAAGGCCAUUCCGGAUGCGCUGCGGCCGGACGUUUGGCAGGUUUGUUUGGACGUGAGGAACAAAAUGGACCAGCUAAUGCAGUUCAACGAGAUAUUCGAUCUGCCGUUUCAAUCGAAACUGAGGCAGGAUUGUCACAGCUUUGUCGAGAAGUUGGGAAACGAAGAGGAAGAUCGGGUGGCGGUUGUGGCCGAUUUGGAAUCGAUUCUGACGUUCUACUGUAAGAAUAGAAGUCUAGUUUACGAGUCGAAUAACGGAUGGAUAGAGUUGCUGUUGCCGUUGCUGUCCUUGAAGCUGUUGCGGUCUGAUACUUAUAAUCUUUUCGAGUCCCUUCGAGAUACGUAUAUUCCGAAAGGAUGCGUUAAGAAUGGGAACGUGUUUCAUAUAUUCCGGUUGCUGUUACAGUAUCAUGAUCCGGAAUUGUGCUCAAUUUUGGACACGAAGCGGAUUACUCCGGAUGCUUAUGCUAUGGGCUGGUUCCAGACGUUAUUUGCCUCGACCUGCACGCUGCAAGUGGUUUUGGCCAUGUGGGACCUGUACUUCCAGCAGUCGGAUCCGUUCCUAGUAUUCUUUCUUAGUUUAAUUGUGUUAAUCAACGGACGUGAUCAAAUAAUCGCAAUGAAGAGCGCCUCCAAAGAAGAACUUCUGAGCAUGCUAGUCAAUAUGCCGUGCAACAUUGAGGCAGACGAUGUCAUGGAUUUUUGCUCAUUGGCCCAAUACUACUCGAUGAAGACUCCAUCAUCAUUCAAACGUGACCUUUUGCAAGUCCUGUUUGGCGCUCAGAGCAAUGCCGCGGAAGCCAACGUCGUUUCCCAAGCACUCUGCUUGCCGGUUUCUGUCCAUGAACUCGUUGAGAAUGCGUCCAGUGAAAACACCAAUCCAGAAGCGGUCAGAUUCUUCCUUGUCGAUUGUCGCCCAGCUGAACAAUACAAUUCUGGACAUCUUUCGACGGCAUUCCAUUUGGACAGCAAUCUGAUGCUUCAAGAACCUAUCGCUUUCCAAACAGCUGUUCAAGGGCUUUUGAGAUCCCAGAAAAAUGCCAUCGAAGCCAAUUCCAACGCUGGUGGAGAGCAUCUUUGCUUCCUCGGGUCCGGCAGACUUGAAGAAGAUCAGUAUACCCACAUGGUUGUAGCAUCGUUCCUCCAAAAGAACACAAAAUAUGUCUCCCUGUUGACGGGAGGCUACGAAGCGAUUCACGAAUACUUCGGGGACAACAUGAUUGAUUGCUUGGAAGACCACGAUCCGUUGAAGUGUCUCGUCUGCAACAAAGAGCAACUUCCUUACGGCAAAAGCGUUAACAAUAAUAACAUCACCAACCCUGGCAGCGUGAAGCAACCGGAAAAUCGUCGAAACAACAACGCACCAGAAGGUCCCGAGCGCAAACCUACCGUUGACCUGUUUAGCAAACUUUCCUCAGUCAUGAAGUCGAAGUCAGCUGAAGUGAAGGGCAAGCUAAUCGACUACAUCUCCAAUCCGAACCCAAAUGGUCCCGUUCCGGAGAAACACGUGUCUCGCACUGAGCGCAAUGGAAAACGCUACCGAAACGUACCGCCGGUCUUCAGCAUUGGCGAGGAUCAGGAUGACGAAGACCUUCCCCCAUCCAACGAUCUUCCCUCCCCACAACCGCUCCCCAAUCGUGAAUCCCCCGACGACGUUGUCUCGAUUCAAUCCUAUCUGAAACAAUCGGACGUAAUUCGUCACUUCAAGUGCCAAGAAGUUCACCUCAACGGGUACAUGUACGACAGCUACCUUCUCGUAACGGCGUCCCAUAUCAUCGUCUUAAGGGAACUCGAUCGCAAGGACAAGGCCCGCAUCAUUGUUCGCCGUCCGCUGCAAUCGAUCGUCAAAAUCACCGCCAAAAAGCGUCACCGGGAUUUGAUCACCUUCAAGUACGGUUACCCCGAGGAAGAGAACCUGGUCAUCACCGAUAUGGAUCGUUUCUUGAUUCCGAAUGCCAGCGAGGCGACCGAAUUGAUUUCCAAGCACAUUAUCAAGCAGACGUAGAAACCCUCACUCCUGCAACCUUGUAACGCUAUAGUUAACCGUCCCGGAGAUUGUUACUGACUUCGAGUAUCCACUUUCAAACAAUGAUGGAAUAUUCACCCGAUUAGAACAAGUUUUAUCAGAAAUCACACAAUUUAGAAACAACAUUUUACGACGCAAACUGAUGCUAAAUGAAAUAACCGUUUUAACUAUUGUUCCUCUUCUUUAUGGUUUUUCGCCACGAACCUUGAAAACCUAAUUUUAACUAGAUGCCCAAUGCUUUCAAAUGAACGUUUUUUCUUGUCAGUGUUUUCUAGAAAUUUUAUUUAUACUUUAAGAAUCUUCAGGUAUCAUUUUUAUAGUUUUAAACAGAUAGCAAGAAAGUUCUAUUAUAUUUAAUGAAAGAUAACCGGAAGCUUAGAUGUGUUUAUUAUUUUGAUUCGUUAAGGCAGCACAGUGCUUUGUAGUAAUUCUGUAUAAAUCUUGUAGUGAGACUUCAAUAAAGACCUAAACAACUGAA